AUGAAAAAGUCUCAUCUAAACUCUUCUGUCUUCUUCUUCGUUCUUAUUCUAUCAAUUUCUGUUUCAUGGGCAGCAUUAUCUUCCAUUCUUGAUGUUACACCAGGUCCUGAAGAUUUCUUAAGCUGCAUACGAUCCUACUCCAACAAUUUGACAUCCAUCUCCGAACACAUUUUUACCUCUGGCAAUGCUUCUUUCUUACCCACUUGGCAAGUGCAUGUGCAAAACACUAAGUUCCUUAAACCUUCCACUCCUAAACCAUCAGUCAUCGUGACACCUGUGGACGAAACCCUUGUCAAAACAUCUUUACACUGCGCCAAGAAACAUGGCUACGAGCUCAGGAUGAGGAGCGGUGGCCAUGACUACGAGGGUCUCUCCUACACCGCUGAUGUUCCAUUUGUGAUGCUCGAUUUCACUAAAAUGAGGUCUAUAGACGUGGACGUAGCAAACAGUACUGCUUGGGUCCAGGCAGGCGCUGCACUUGGUGCAGUCUAUUACGCUAUUUCUCAGAAAACCGACACCUUGUAUUUUCCGGCAGGUGUUUGCCCCACGGUGGGUGUUGGCGGUUACAUGGGCGGUGGUGGCUAUGGAAACCUGUUGAGGAAAUACGGUAGUGCUGCUGAUAAUGUUAUUGAUGUUCGCUUCAUGGAUGUCAAUGGAAAUAUUCUCAACAGGAAGACGAUGGGUGAAGAUUUUUUUUGGGCGAUUCGAGGAGGUGGUGUUUCCAGUUUCGGAAUUGUUCUUGCAUGGAAGCUGAGGUUGGUUCCUGUUCCAGAAAAAGUAACCGUCUUUAUACUGAAUAAAACUUUGGAACAAGGGGCAACAGAACUCUUUUAUAAAUAUCAAUCCGUUAUACCAGCUAUUGAUAGAAAUUUACACAUGAGAACACAGGUGUUUGGUGAAUAUAUCGGCAACACUACCAAGAAAACCGUUCGAAUUAUGUUCGAAGGAAUUUAUCAAGGCACCAUCAACACAUUGCUUCCAUUGUUGAACAAAAAGUUUCCGGAGCUCGGUGUUACACGAGAGAUUUGUGAAGAAGUGAGAAGCAUUCAGUCGACCCUUGUGUUUUGGGGCUUGCCAAGUUCCGCCCCAAUUGAGAUUCUCUUGAACCGAUCAGCCAUAGCUAAGCUGAACGACAAAACUAAAUCAGACUACGUCCGGACACCGAUCCCCAUUAACGGGUUGAGAAAGAUUUGGAGAAAGCUUAUGGAAAAUGACGAAUCAGGGCAACUUAUGAUUAAUCCUUUUGGUGGAAGGAUGGCUGAUUUCUCAGAGACGGAAAUUCCAUAUCCUCAUAGAGCUGGAGUGUUGUUACAAUUUCUCAAGACUGUAAAUUUUCAAGAUCAAACUUCAGAUACGACCCCUACAUCGCUCAAAAGGAUAGCAUGGUUGCAAAGCUUGGAUGAGUUAAUGACGCCUUAUGUGUCGAAGAACCCUAGAGAGGCAUAUGUCAACUACAAUGAUUUGGAUUUGGGUGUUGGAAGUGCUAAUUACAAAGAAGCAAGUGUUUGGGGUGAGAGGUACUGGAAGAGGGACAAUUUCAAGAAGUUGAUUCGAAUCAAGGCCAAAGUUGAUCCGUUGAAUUUCUUUAGGCGUCCACAAAGUAUUCCAGUAUUCUCGACGCCUCUCUCAGACAUAUGA